CGUUGCCGAAGAAACAACAAAGCACCACUGCUACUACGCCUAACAAAGUCCCAAAUAUCAAACACUUUGGUUUGGUCUCUCUCUCUCUCUCUCUCUCUCUUCCAAAUCAUUAAGACAAAGUUGGUCAUAGCAUAGCACCGAACAGGGAAAACCGGAAAAGCCGCAGGACCAAAGAACCCGAGUUUGAACGUUGAAAUUGCGUCGCGCGUGUGAGUGUGUUUUGCGAACAAUGUGGUCACAAUCACAGAGCGGUACCCACUCGUCGGAAUCCGACGCCGUUGAUUGUUGUAACUUGAAGGAGACGGAGCUCACGCUGGGACUUCCCGGCACCAAACGUUCCUUCUCCGACACCGUUGAUCUUCUUCAUCUCGCCACUUCGCUAAAUAAAACCAAACUCCCAACACCCAAGGAACAAGUGGUGGGGUGGCCGCCGGUGAGGGCAAGCAGAAAGAAUGCGAUGAAGAGUUGCAAGUUCGUGAAGGUGGCUGUGGAUGGAGCUCCUUAUCUGAGAAAAGUGGAUCUUGAAUUGUACGACAGUUACGAACAUUUGAUGACAGAAUUAGAGACCAUGUUUUGUGGCUUAGCCAUUCGUAAUCAUUUGAUGAAUGAGAGGAAACUGAUGGAGUCUGGAAAUGGGAUUGAAUACAUGCCCACCUACGAGGACAAGGAUGGUGAUUGGAUGUUGGUCGGGGAUGUACCAUGGAAGAUGUUUGUUGAAUCAUGCAAGAGGAUGAGGCUUAUGAUUAGCUCAGAGGCUAUUGGCCUAGGUCCGAGAUCGAGUUCAAAAUGUUCGGGUUCCACCUAGAAGAAUGAAUAUUAGUGUGAUAAUAAUGAUAAAGACUUGGAAGUGUAGAAGAGUGAAUUUAGUAUGAUGAAAUAUAUGUAUCCAUGGUGCUUGUAUAUGUUCCCUUCAGCACCUCUUAGUAUAAAAAACCUAGAACUGAUCUCUAUAUUAGUGAGAAAAUAAAUAACAUGUAAUCAAGAUUAUGAUCAUGGAUCGUUUAUUAAUUAAUGUAAUGUAAUGUAAUGGCUUUGGCUUUGUGCUACCUUGUACCCCGAUUUUGCAGUUGUUAGAUUCAUUCAAUGAUCAUUUAGAGUUUCCACUCCAUAA